AUGGGCGAUGAGUCGCAGCAGUCCGGAUCUUCUUCAUCCGGAGUGGAAAUUGUCUCUGUUCGUGAUCUCAAAUGCAGCUGUAUCCCAAAGGAGAAAAUUGGUUUUGGAGCAUGUCGAUCCGUGAAUGAAUUCGAGAAGUUGAAUCGUGUUGGUGAAGGCACCUACGGCAUCAUUGCUUUAAAAAAAGUGCGAAUGGACGAGAAAAGUGAGGAAAACGGGAUCUCGGUGUCGGCACUCCGUGAAAUACACCUGUUGUUGAAUUUGCACCACAAAAAUAUCGUUCAUUUAAAAGAAAUUGCUGUUGGACAGCAUUUAACCUCCAUCUUUCUUGUUAUGGAGUAUUGCUCACAAUCAGAAAUUUCGAAUAUCUCCCCUUAUUUUUGA